AUGCUGAGUGGAGAAGCUGAGGACUGGUGGAGAUUUGCUAGUCAAACUCUACUACAAGAAGAUGGUUAUAUUCCUUGGGAGACAUUUAAGGCAACUUUUCCGGGAAAUUACUUCCCUAGAGAUUUAAAGAAACAGAAGGCUAGGGAGCUCCUUGAGUUGAAACAAGGAAACAUGUCUAUAGGUGAAUAUGCUGCUAAAUUUCAUGAAUUGAUGAAAUACUGGCCUCACUAUCAACAUAAUGAUGGAGAGGAAGAUCUAUGUGCUCAAUUUGAACAUGGGCUUAGGCCAGAUAUUCAAGCUGCUGUUAGUGUAUUCCAGCUGACAGAUUUACCCACUCUAGUGAGUAAAUGCAGAAUAUUUGAAGCCAAUACUAAGGGUAAGACGGUGGAUACCAGAAUCGGUAGUCUUGUGAGGCAAGACCGAAGGCCUCCAAGAUUUUCUAGAGGACCUUACUCUAGUCCAAAUCAGUCUCAAGUGAAGUGA